AUGGACGAAGGUCGGUCGCCGCGACGGUUGCCGCCGCCGGCCGUCCGAAUUUCCGGCGAAUCGUCGCAGUCGCCGGCGACGCCCGCGAAUUUCGUCGCGCCUCUCGUCGCCAACAUCCCGUCGCCAUUGUCUUUGGUACGAAUUUUUAAAAUCUCUACUUUUUUUUCGGCACGGCUUGCAAUUUUUCGACUAUCUGUUGCGCCCGACCUUGAGCGACUUGCUGGAAAAUGCCUUCUGGCGCAAGUAGUUUGGGGUCGGGCGCAGUGGAACAAAAAUGCCUAGUCUAUUUUCCGCGACUUUCCAACUAUUUCUGGACCUUUUUAUGAAUGGAAACAGCCGGUUAUGAUGAGGUAACAUGAGCAAUAAAACUACAUUUUUCCUCUUAUUUUUAAAAGGAAAAUGCCUCUUGGCGCUAGUUGUUAUUGGUCGGACGCAGUGGAACAAAAAUCAUCAGUCUUAAAAUCCGCGACUUUUCAACAAUUUCUAGACCUUUUUCGAAUCGUCACAGCCGGUUAUAAUGAGCUAACAGGAGCAAUACAACAGCACUUUUCCUCUUAUUUUCUAAAAAAAAGCCUUUUGGCGCAAGUAGUUUGUGGUCGGACGCAGUGGAACAAAAACCCCUAUUCUAUUUUCCGCGGCUUUUAAGACAUUUCUGAACAUUUUUCGGGUGGUCACAAUCAGUUAUAAUGAAUUAACGUGAGCAAUACCACUAUAUGCCGGCGCUUAUAGCUAGUGAUCGGUGGAACAAAAAUCCUUAGUCUAUUCCCCGCGACUCGACACUUUCUGCCCGUCUGCGUCUCUCUGUUCCCUCACCGGCGAGGUCAGAUAAACAUGGAAAUAGCACGUAAACGUGAGAGAGACGUCUAGAAAUGAGGAGAGCGCAGAGAAAACAGAAGUCGUGAAAAAGCAGCGGAAAAUACGUUUAUGAGAUUACAUUAAUAACUUCGAUAACUCUUUCAAAUUGUUAACGUAAGUGAACUCCGGAAAUAAUAUGAAUGAUUUUUUAAAAUCUCUAGCUCGAAAUUAUUGGCGCGAAAAGUUUGAAUAAGAGCCGCGAUUUGGGUAUUCAGGCCGUGGCUUAUUUUCUGAUUAUUUCCUCCCGAUCAAAAUGAAUAUUUACGAUUUGAAAUUUGAAAUUUGAAAUUUGAAAUUGAAAUUUGAAAUUUGAAAUUUGAAAAAUUUGAAAUUUUAUUCAGUCUUCAGAGUAGGCUCUCCGCUGAAUCAUGGAAUAAUUGAAGAGUUGUUUGUCGGUUCGCGAUAAUGUCGUUGAUCAAGCGUAGACGGCGCGUAGAGCAUCUCGCUUCUCUUGUGCUAGUAGUAGACGAUUUUCGAGCGUUUCCGACGAUCACUGCUUCUCCAUGUGGGAACAGUACGGCGCCCAGCUUGUCCAGGGCUGACGGGCGUCGGAUUGAAUCUCGGACGAGAGCGGAAAUGAAAACCGACCACUCGGGUGGUAGAAAUGAGAUUUACGAUUUACGAUUAUUUAGGAGAAUCCAAAUAUAUUAAAAACAUUUUUGAAAAUGUGAAGAAUAGAAAAAUUCAGUUUUCGACGAGUUUACGGUUUCAAAAAUUUUAUCUAACGAUCUCAUUAGUCGGCUCUUCAAUAAAUGUUGAUUUUUGCAAAAGUAGAAUCGAUUUAUUUCUAGAUUCGAGAAAAGAAAUUGAACAAAAACUGGUAUUUCAUCGAAAAAAAAAAGGAGAGGAUUUCUCUGGACCUGUGUUCAAAAUUUUCAAUUUCCCGCUUUCGGUACCAAGGGAUCUCUUUAGGGCUUUUAAGUGUUCUUGAGUGAUCUCUCCCAUCUAAUAUUCAUCGUUUCUUCAAAAAUAUUUUAUAAGCCGUUUUGGCGGUUUGAAAGGACAGGGACUUCUCUGCGCCCUUCUCUUCUCUCGACGUCUCUCAUUUCUACGUGCUAAUUCCAUGUAAAAAUUAUUCUCAAUUUGAAAAAUGUUGUGUCUCUAAAAAGGGUCCAAAAAGGGUGUAUAAAGGCCGAUGGGAGGACGGAAAAAGGCAGUAAAAAGGAAAGCGUUGCCAGCCGUUAAGAAACAUUUAAUGGACCUCUUUUGCACCCAUUACGGAGUCUCAAAAGGCCUGUAAAGGGUCUUUCCGACUUUGUCUAUGUUUUUUGAAUUACGCCGUUUCAAUCCGAGAAAAACAAGAUUUUUCUCAAAAUCAAGUAUACUUUGACCCUGGAACUCUCGAGAGAACUUGAGUGGGCGACGAAGUUUGGCGUGGGAAAAGCCUCUCGGAAAGGGGGCCCGAUAAGCGAGUUUGGAAAGUGAAAAUGGCCUGAGCAUCAGUGAAACUCCCCGAUAAGAGGCCCCGUCUUUUGUUCUUGGCACGAGACCCCGGGAACCACCGACUCAGCACAAGUUCUUUCGGAAAAAAAAAGAAAAUUAUCGGAUUUCAUCCUGAACAGUCCAUUCACCAUAACCUUGUGCACAUAAGGAUACUGUAGAAUCCUGUUAUUUUCGUUUCGAGACCACUUUCAAUAGGAAAUCCUCAGAAAAGCCUGGGAAAGAGCCAAAAAAAAUAGAAAAAAAAAAUCGAAUUUCAUCCACAUUUCCCUAUUCACCGUAACCUUGUCCAAAGAAGGAUACUGUAGAAUCUUAUUAUUUUCGUUUCGAGACCAUUUUCAAUAGGAUAGCCCUAAGAAAAGUCUCGAAAAAAUCCAGAAAAAAUGGGAAAAAAAACCGGAUUUUAUCGACAAUACUCUAUUCACCGUAACCUUGUCCAGAAAAGGAUAUUGUAGAAAUUUAUUGUUUUCGUUUCAAAACCAUUGCUAGUGGAAAAUCGCUUAUAUUUCAGUUACUUAGUGAAAUUCAAGGUGAAAUUCCAGAAAAAUCCGUUUAGCCGAGUCGUUUUUUUAGUCAUGCGACUCGGCUAUUACAUAUCUAUGGCGUCACCGAUUUUUGAGAUAUAGUCUGUUCAGAUUUUAAAUGUCAAGUCGUCGCUCAAGCUCCGCCCCUAGUGGUGCAAUGAACCAAUCAGAGAGCGAGCCAUCCACAGAGUGUUUUUGAAUGACGUCAUUCUACUUGACAUUCAAAAUCUGAACAGACUAUAAUUUAUUGAUCUUUUGAUCUUUUUUUGGCCUAAAAAAGUUUCAAAAAGCUGAUCCAAAUCAAAAAAAAAAUGGUCAGCCGAGUCGCUCGGCUACUUUUGAGCGACUCGGCUAUCAUUCAAUGACGUCACUUUUCUCAUUUUUGAGAUAAUUUAUCGAUCUUUUGAUCCUUCUUUGACCUGAAAAUGUUUCAAAAAGUUGAACCAAAUCGGAAAAUUUUGCUCAGCCGAGUCGCUAAGCUUCAUCUGAGCGACUCGGCUAUCAUUUGAUGACGUCAUUUUUCUCCUUUUUUUAAAUUUAAGCACGCAUUUUUGGCCUGAAAAAUACCAAAAAAGUUAAUUUUUCAUUCCGAGAAAAGGAAAAAUUGACCUAAAGCCAGUUCAGCCGAGUCGCUAGACCUUCGCGACUCGGCUAUCACCUCAUGACGUCACUUUUUGUUCGUGGUCAUUCUUUUUUGCAAAAUCGGUCUUGUGACACGGCUCUUAUCACCUUCCGCCCUCCGCCUCCCCAUUUUCCAAGAAAAAAAAGGGUUUUUUUUUUCGCUUUCAUUAUUUUUGGUCUCAGCAAACUUCUCGGUGUGUUUUGGUCUUGUUAGCGUAACUCGUAUCAGGUCGGGUGAAGAUCCAAAUGUUUUCGAAACUUGAUAAAACUGACCAUCAUCUUGAACAACAGUUUCUGCGUCGGCUGCGACUUCAAAACCUCAUUUUUCCCUUGAAAUAACCCUUAAGGUCUAUUCGUUACUUGAGAUGGAUAUAGAUGCUAUCUGAGUGGCCACUUAAGGAGAAAAACAAACCCUUAAGGGAACUCUCUGAAUUUUGCCAGGAUUCACAGACUUUGGUUCUAAUGUUAAAACUGAGGGACCUCUUAAAGAGGCAGUUCGAGAACUUUCUGUAAACCACUCCAUACUCCGAUUGCAUGCUGCAUCCGACCCAAAACGACUCACGCCAUUGCUCAUGUUACAGGAGCGGCGGAGUGCCUCGGCGAUGGCCUCGCUGUCGUCGGCGCACUGUCGAUGGUUCGCCUACCGCGACGAGCGGACGUCUUCUUCCAGCUCCGAUUCUGGAGUCGUCGUCUGUCUGAGUCCGCCGGCGCCGUCGCCUUGUCUUCUCGGUACUGUAGCUCUGAAUUCUACCGUAAUCUGAAGGUUACAGUUACAGGCAGCUCGAUGACGUCACUAAUCGCGUUGUCGCCUCCAGGACUAUCUCCGCUGAACGUGAACGAUUCGCCUUUCUCGACGCCGACGCCGUCUUCGUCGAGGUCCAGAUUCACUUUCGACCACGUCCCUUUCCAUGGAGUUUCUCCGGCGGCGUCGACGUCGGCGGCUUCGGUGGAAUCUGUCCCGGCCAGCUGUGAGACGCGGAUUGAAGGUUGGGCCGCAUUUGGAAUGGCUAAGAUUGUUUGAAAAUUGGCCGGGGUUUUCUUUCAAUUUGCAGACGUUGAAGAAACAUCAUUCGAACAAUUUCACUAACAUUUAAAAAUUCUAGAUCUUUUGUUGGUUUCGAAUACAUCCAAUACAGCUAAAACGGUUGCCACUUUGGCCUGAAAAGGUCGGUUCGAAAAUCUGAAUUUCAUGCCUUUUAUGUCCUUCGACCAGAUAUUUCUUUACGAAAAUUCUCGCUAAAUUUCCAAAUUCCAACUCAAAAAAUUCAGGAUUUUUCCCUGAUUCCAAAAACAUCUAAUUCAGCUAAAAUUAUUGUCAUUUUAUCUGGAAAAUUCCAUUCGAAAAAAUUUUUUUAAAUGUUUUUUUCGAAAUAUCCCCCUUCGCCCCCCCUCUCCCCAAAUUCAAGGUCUCAAAAAAAUUCAGGAUUUUUUUCGCUGGUCCCAAAAAAACAUCUAAUACAGCUGUUAUUGUUGCCAUUUUGACCUGAAAAAAAUCGGUUCGAAAAAUCUUUUUCUUAAAAAAAAUGUUUUUUUGAAAUUUAUUCCUCCCCCAAAUUUAAGGCCUCAGAAAAAAAUCAGGAUGUUUCGCUGAUCCCAAAAACACCCGACACGCCAAUCAAUGUUGUCAUUUUGACCUGAAAACGCGAAAAGUCGCAAUGUCGUUCCAAGGCCCAAUUUUAAACAACUCCCAAAAUGCCUAUUUUGCUUAUUUUGCCAAAAACGUCCGAAAUAAAGUCGCAUCAACAUCAAAAUCGCCAAAAUUACUUUGACAACUUUGAGCAAAAAAAAAAAAUGAAAAACAGCGUAAAUCUACAGAGCUGAGAGAAAGUUCGCCCCAUUGCGAAAUUGCCGUGGAGCGUCGUAUUUGUCAUCAUUUUGCUCCUUUUUUUCUUGCAUUUCCUUGUUUUUUCUUCUCAAACUUUUCAUAUAAAUUCAGGUAGUUGAUCAAAGUUUUCAGAACAAGAAUCGAUAUCAUCGGAAUCCGUGACCGAAAGAAGUGCUUUCGGUUUGGCUGACCGGCGGCGGAGUGAAUCUCUAGAUAAGGUUAUUUUUUUAUUUUUUUCUGUGUUUUUAGAAGAGAAAAAUUGUCUUUUUUUAUAGUUUAUUCACACAUGGAGAAUAGAAAAUGAUUUUUUUGUUUUUGUUAAUUUUUCCGUGAAACUAUCUAUCAUUGACUUCACUUAUCCUUCUUCCAACUUGGAAAAAACUUUAUUUAGCAACCUGAUUUUUUUUUCCAAAAUAUAGGGAAGAUUUCUAAGAAUCUCAGUUUAGAUAACUUGAUAUUAUCCCAGAAAAGACGCAAGGAAAUAUCGAAAAAAGUAGUGAAAUAGGAAAUUUUAAGACCAUGAGCUUUUUUCUUCGAGAAUGAAAUAGUUGAGACGUCUGGUACAUCAAAUAUCUACCAAAUUUUCAGGAGAUUCCAAGAAAAAAUUUUUGAAUUAAAGGUGCUCCAAUCGGUUCGACGAGGCGCCCCCCGAGAGCAUCCAAAACUCGAAAGAAAACAGUCGGUUAUUCAAAAUGCCGCCACGACGACGAUUGUCGCUGGGGCGAAGUUAAAGCCGACUUAUUCGGCUCCAGGAACCUCCUUUUUUGCUCAGGUUUUCGGAAGUUUUCAUAUUUUCUAUGGUCGCACUUGGAAUGGGUAAGAGCGCUGCGAUUGCACAAACCGUUUCUGGUCGGACAUUUCCUAGCCAUUCCCCGUGCGGCCAUAUCAAAGCCAUUUUUCAGACCGACCUACCGAAACCUGUAGAAACUCAACUGACGGUCAGUGUCGCGGAUAAUUAUGAUUCUCUACUUCAGUCACAGGUGAAUGGACUUACCUAUUUUCUCUGCGCUCUCUCGUGCUUACAUGAUAUUUUCGUGACUCUGACGUCAGCGGUGAGGGAAAAGAGAGCGCAGACGUGUUAGAAGCAUGGAAUAGUUAAAAAAAACCCAAUCACUAGUUGCAGUCUGAUUUCUCUGUGCCCUCUCUUACUUACAUGAUAUUUUCAUGACUCUAUGACGUCAUCGAUGAGAGAAAAGAGAGCCUAGAGAAGUUAGAAUUCGUGAUGAAAAAAGAUGAAUGGACUAUUUUAAAACAGAGCACUUCCCACAAGAAUAACUUAAAAUAGUCAGAUUUCUCUGCGCCCUCUCUUCCCUACAUGCUAUUUUCAUGAUUCUAUGACGUCACUGGUGAGGGAAAAGAGAGCGCAGACAGGUUAGAUUGUUUCAGAUUAUGGAGAAGGGACUAUUCAAAAAGCGGAGGGAAAUAUAUCCCACUCGCCAAAAGUUCAAAUUGUCUGAUUUCUCUGCGCUCUUUUCUUUACAUGCUAUUUUCACGGCUCUAUGACGUCAUCGGUGAGGGAAAAGAGAGCCUAGAGAAGUUAGAAUUCGUGGUGAAUGGACUAUUCCAAAACAGAGCACUUCACACAAGAAUAACUUAAAACAGUCAGAUUUCUCUGCGCACUCUCUUACCUCCAUGCUAUUUUCAAGACUCUAUGACGUCAUCAUUGAAAGAAAAGAGAGCGCAGACGUAUCAGAAAUCGAUGAAUAUUCAAUCAAUUUUUUUCCAGAUGCUCUUCAACCAGUUGUACCCCCCAAAUUCCACGAUUCGACCUCAACAUCAACUCUUAUCUGCUUCCUACUCCUCCCCCAUCUCCUCCAGCUCCUUCCACAACACGACGGCGUCGACCUCAGCCUCAGUUUUGCUGUCGCCAGCUUCGAUCGAAGCGGAUCCGUCGCCGAGGUCGGCGACGUCGACGGAGCCGCCGACAGAGGAGGACCCUAACAAGCAGUUUUUGUGCCACAUUUGCAAGAAGGACUUCAAGAGGCCGGAUAUCUUGUCCAGGUGGGCGAGUUUUGAUCAAUGUAUUUCAUACUGAGCCAUGCAUCGGCUGGCACUUUUCGGGGGGAAGAGGAGCAUUUCAGAAAAAUCAAUAGGUAGAAAAUGGAUCUAGUUAGAAAGAUUCCUGAUUUUUUUAAAUAAUAAUAAACUCUCUGAACCUAAAAUUACUUGAAUUGAAACAGAGUCUCUUUGAAAAUCUUUCCUGGAUUGUUUAAAGGAGCAUGGACCAAUUUAUUAGAGGUCUCUGGGCGAAGAGCCGUUCUCAGUGUUAUUUACAGGGUUGCUGUCCUUUUGAGCUCUGAAUAAUAUAGCAAAGAAAACUGACAUGCUCAAAGACACUGAAAAAUCGACUCAAAAAGGUCCAAAACAGGAAACAAAGAAAUUCUCGCUAGGGAACUUUUUAGCUUUCCUGUGAGUACCUAAGCAGAAAACUAGUGUAUUAUUUCAACAAGAUACAAAUUUAGACACGUCCGACGUCACACUGGCGAAAAACCGUUCGGCUGUGAGUCCUGUGGACGAUUUUUCUCCCGUUCUGAUCAUCUUCGAACCCAUCGAAGGACCCAUACCGACGAGAAGCCUUAUCACUGUUCUAUUUGUUCUUAUUCGGCGGUGAAUACUUGAAAAAUGGCUUCAAAAGUCCAUGGACCUUGUUCUUCAAACUACCUCGAUUCAAGGAAAUUUUACGUCCUUCAAUUUUUAAUGGAGUUGUACAGCGUAUUUCGAGCCAGCUUGUCACGAUUCUUAUUGUCCUCCAAGCUACAGAACCCUACCAUGAGGCUUCGCUUUAAAACUCCCGCAUGCGCCUUUAAGUUUUACCUAUAAUAUUAAAGGCGCACGCCCAGGAGAAGACCGAAUGCUUACAAGCGAAGGUCCCCAGAUGUCUCUGAAGCUCAGAGGAAAGUGAAAAUCGUGACAAGCGUGCAAGGAAUGGGCUAUAAAAUCUUAAAAUAGUAAAAAACAAUUUUUCCCCACUAAAAUGAUACGUUAAGACAUUAUAACUUGACUAGAAGGCAAUAGUCUUGAUUUUAAAGGUGAAAAAAAAAUUCAAAAUCUCCAAACUCCACUUUGAGAUCGCUUUUGGACUUGAAUUUCUCCAAUUUCAGCGGCGACGCGAUGUUCUAACGCGUCAUAUGAGCACUAGACAUCAGGCAAAAGCUGGAUUAUCCGUUUAUCAGCGACAUCGCGAUGUUAGAAGGUAAGACAAUACAAAAGGAGAUUUUUGACUUAUUAUGGCCUUUUUAAGGUGCUUGAGCGAUGGCGACACGCUGAAUAACCGAAAAGAGAAAUCAAGGACGAGAUUGGCCACGACUGGAGGCACGAAAAAUAAUGAUCGGAUUGAUUCGACGGCGACUGACGUUUGUUUUUCGAUAAAAUUCGAGUCAAGUUUAAAAUAUCUGCAUUACCGGCUUACUAUUGGUUUUUAACUGAAGUUUUCGAAUUUUGUUUCAAAAAUUGUGAAAAUUUUGUGAAUGGGAAAUUUUUUGUUAUUUAUUUCGAAAUUGUAUGCAGUUUUCAGCCAGCAGUGACUAGAACAAUAUAAAAAUCAAAAACUAAGCUCGAAAAUUGAACAUAAAAGAAAAAAAAAUGAAAAAAAAAACCAGGCGGGAAAUUUUUUUGACUUUCGAAACAUGCAUUUGCGCGUCGCGGUGUAUGCACUAAACAGCAUAUUUCACGACUACUCCUCAUUUUCUGCCAAAAAUUCUCUUUUUAUUUGAUCAUUUUUCAGGGAACCAGUAACGAAGACGACGUCGGUGAUUUGCCGAAAAUGGAAGAUAUCGAAGAUGACGUCAUCGUGGAUUUUCCGGAAGAGGAACUCGACCCGGUGACUUUUGAGGAAAAAGAAGACGACGAUGAGGAAGAUUCGUAG